ACUUCCCCCAGCGUGGGCUUCACGUAUGGCUCCCGGGAUGCUCAUGCUGCUGGCGGGGGGCGGCCGGGGAGCGCCGGGACUGCGGCUUUGCUGGACGAGGACCUUGCGGGGGGCAGCCGCCGCCCUCCCGUGCCCCGGGGGGCCAGUCAUUGGGCGCUCGACCUCUCGCUCGGGCUGCUGGAGGCCGCUUGGCGGCGGGACCUCCGGAGUGCGCGUGGCCCUGCAGAUACCUGUUUCUUGGGAAAGAUGUGUUCGAUGCUUACAUACACAACAUAAAAAAUCAGAAGAUGGAAGGCUGAUUUAUACUGGGAAUCUGGCUCGAACAGUAUUUGGUGUGAAGUGUUUUUCUUAUUCUUCAAGUCUGCUCAGCCUGGCAUGUCUACCUUACAUCUUCACCCAAAAUAAUGUUAUAUUUGGAAGUCUCCCUUUGCAGAUCUUAUUUUAUGGCAUCAUAGGAAGCUUUACAGUGAUCACCCCAGCGCUGCUUCACUUCCUUACAAAAGGAUAUGUCAUUCGGUUGUACCACGAGGCCACAACAGACACCUACAAAGCUGUCACGUACAGCAUUUUACUUACAGAAACAAAUACAGUGUUUCACCAGAAUGAUGUGAAGAUUCCAGACAGCGCACAUGUGUUCACCACGUUUUAUGCUAAAACAAAAUCACUGUUGGUUAAUCCGUCGCUCUUUGCCAACCCUAAAGACUACGAUCAUCUAAUGGGCUAUGACAAACCAUUUACUUGGGAUGUUGAAGAAGCCAGUGGAGAGCAACUGAAAGAUGAUAAAUGAAUGUUCUUAUACGUGCUCUUAAGUAUGAUUAUCUAAUGUAUAAUAAAGCUGUCUUUACCUUU